AUGGCACAGGAGCGAAACAAUUUCAAGGGAGCCGACCACGAGUUGCUGCUUUCCAGGGCUGAGGCAGCCGUUGGCGGCGACGACAGGACCAAGGAGGAUGCCAUCAGGGCAGCGGAGCAGGUUAGAAGAAGCUCCAGUGGCUACAUGAAGGCAAGAGCUCUCCUUGCCCUGGCAGCCUUGAGAAUGGAUAGGGGCGAAGACAGCUUUACCGCGGAUUUGGAGCUGGGGCUUCAGCAUGCCAGAGAGGCGCGCGAGCUGGCCAAAGAGCUGAAGGACCCGAGGUUGGAGGCCAGGUGCCUCGUGGCCAUGAUCGAUGGUGAAGGCUGGCUGACGUCUCCAGAUGAUGCUAUGCAAGUAGCAGACGAAGCUCUGGAUCUUUGCCUGGAUGUGCAGGACAGGGCAAUGGAAGCCGAUACCUUGUGCCGAAUGGCCGAGUGGAACGUCAAGCUGGGCGAUCACUCGAGAGCCGUUUCCGACUUGGAGGAUUCGCUGGAGAUUUACGAGCAGCUGGAGUCGCCGCAGGAGCUGAGGGUGCUGCAGCGGCUGCUGCGGCUGCUGCAGAACCUGGACGUGCGCCAGGCCAAGCGCCGGGCCGAGGCCGCGCUGCGUAAGCAAAGCGACAAGUUGGCGCGGAUCGAUGCCACCAAAAUGCUUGUGGAGGUGCUUCUCAAGAUGGGCAGCCUGCAAGAGGCCGUCUCCGCCAGCGUCGACGGCAUCAACCUGUGCAAGGAGCUCGGGCGGCCGGCAGCGCAAGCGGGGCUGAUGAUCCAAGUGAGCCGGGGCCGUCUUCAGGCCGGUGACGCCAAGAAGGCCGUGGCCGUGGGCGAGGAAGCCUGGAGGAUAUUGCAGAAGAUCACGGGGCCCAAUGAUGACAAGGUGCAAGCCAUGCAGCUCCUGUGCGACGCCAAGCUGAGCCUCGGCGAGGAGCAGGAGGCGCUGGAGUAUGCCGAGGACUUCCGCGACCACUUCGAAUCCGUGCAAGACGCUGGGGGCCUGGCAAAGGCCUCGCUGCUGUGCGCGCAGCUGCAGCUUCAGCAAGAUCUGGACAGCGCGCUGGACCUCGCCCUCAGAGCCGCAGAUGCGUGCCGCAAGGGCCGGCGACGAAGGGAGGAAGCGGCGGCCGUGAAGUUGUGCAGCGAGGUGCUGUGGAAGAAGGCGGAGCACAAGGCAGCCAUGGCACAGGCCGAGAAGGCCCGGGCUCUGUUCCGAGAUCUCGAGGAUAUGGAGGAGGAGAUCGCCUGCUGCUACCUGGCCGCGGAGAAUGCUGUACGCCUCGCCGCGCAGGAGGGUGCGAGAGCAAAGUCGAACGAGCCCGCUCCGCGAGAAGCCCGCGUGGCGCUGGAGAAGUCGCUGAAAGCCGCAGAGGCCGGGCUGAAGAUGACCCGCAUCGCCUCCUUGAUGCGGGCGCCGGAGCUGCAUGGCCAGCUUCUGUGCGCCAAGGCCCAGGCGUUGACCGUCCAGGGGCGCUUCGAGGCGGCACUGACCUGCCUGGAUGAGGCUGUCCUGCGCUUCCGGGAGUUGGGGGACUAUCAGCUCGAGGCCAAUGGGCUCAUGCUAGCAUCUGACAAUUUGAGAUUCCUCAAGCGCCUCCCGGAGGCGGUAGAGGCCCUAGAGGAGGGGCUGCUGCUCUACCAGCACUGCAGCGACGAGGAAGGCGAGCAGCGGGCGCAAGAGAUGCUGAAGCAGCUGCGGGCGCCGACGGCUAGGCCUCAGCCAGCACCAGAUGCCAAGCCGGAGGUGGCGCCGGGCAUUCCUGUGUGGCAGCAGGCAGCCGAAGUGGUGCCAGAGGCCGCGGCCACUGCGGUGAGGCCCAGCCUCCCGUCCGGGCCUGCGCUGGACAUGGCGCGCGUGACGCCGGAGCUGGUCAUGGCCAAGGUUCGCGAAGUGGCCGCGGCCGUCACGGGAACAGAGAAUGAUGAGAUCCACCUCGAAACGCCACUCAUGGAGGCUGGAAUGACCAGUCAGGCGGCAGUAAUGAUGCGAGACCAGUUGAGCAAGGACCUGCCGGGCAUUAGGCUACCUGCGACACUUGUCUUCGACUACCCGUCUAUCACCGAAAUGUCGGAGAUGAUUGUGGUGGCCACCAACGCGCAGGCCAUCAAAGCCAGCCCUCCUGGGCGUCGACGGUGGAAGUCAGAUCUGCCUGAUUUGGGCGACUUGGAUCGUAUCGGGUUGGACUCUUCUGAUGAAGAGGAUGAGAAGAGCGACCAUUGGUGA